AUGCUAGCCAAACCUGAGGAGUUCUAUGCUGGCUUGGUGAAGAAGGAUUACUACUACCUCGGCGUGCUUGAUUUAGCAAUGCUUGCUUUUCAGCGUGGCCGGGACCUUCUUUGCUGUUUCAAUGAGGUUGGUCAAGACAUCGCGGUGUCCAACGUCUUGACGGAGUUUCGAAAGUACUUGCCUAAAGGUGUGGGUUUGGAGGAUGACCGCCGCCUUCCAGAUUUGGGUUCCCAUGAGACUUGGUUUGUGGUAGGCACUGCAGCAAAUUUCAAAAAAGUUCCUUACCGGGCUAUCAAUCAUUUCAUGCCUGCUUGGCAUCGGGAACAGCUGGGAGAAGCCAAGUGGAACCUGUGCCAAGCAGCCACGCAACUACGAAUUGCACACAGGAAGUCAGAGUUGGCGGAGGCCCUUUUGGCCGUGCAGCAAGAUGAAGAGGGUGACGAAGCGGUAUUGAUCAGUCUCCUGGAUGACCAGUCUUUGUUGGAUGCCGAGGAAACGUUUUUGAAGGAAUUGGCUUCAUUGGGCAUUUUCGCCGAGAAUGUGGCAGGACAGGGGAAUUGUGGACUGCUCUCCAUUAUGGCCCUCGAGCAAGGCUUGCCCCAGUGCCUUUUGGACUCUGCCAAACGAGGCCUUCCUCGCCAGAAGUCAUUGAAGCUGCGGGAGGAUGCUGGGCUGACCGGGGAUUGUUUGAAAGGUUUCAGGUUCUUUCUUCUCAAGAAAGCCAUCACAAUUCAGGAAUUGAGUGAGCUGUGGCAUUUGCGGGGCAAAGAAGUUGCCUGGCAGGUUCUUUUUGAAGCCUUUGGAGAGCAGCUGGCUACCUUGAUGGAGAUGAAGAAGCGUGCCCGCACUGCUCCUGCAGAGCCGGAGACGCCCAACAACAAGAAGAAGCAGAAGUCCAGACCUGCACUUCCUUCACCUCCUGCCCUGUCGCCGGAGAAAGCUGCUGCAGACCUGCCGCAGUGCGUGAGCAGCUGCCGCCCAGCCUCUUUCGGCCAGCCCGAGAAAAAAGAUACGUACCUGGCCAGGGCCGGAGCUCCAGUGCUCACGGGUGAGAAGGACAUUGAGGAAGAGGACAAUGACCGGAUUCAUGCUGCCGAUGAGGACCUGACAGUUUUGCCAGAUCCUAUCAACCAAUUGGGCGUGGGAUCCGGGGUCAUCCGCAGGGCUCCGCACAAACGCGUCCGAAAGAAGGAUCUUUUGGCGGGCAGUGAGGAAAGCAAGAUGCGGUCGAUCAAGCACUACUUGUUCUCUAUCGAGGCCAGCUAUCCACUUUGGCAGCGUUUGCAUUACAGGCCGGGCACAAUGAAGGUGAGCCCCUGUGCUGAUGAAGGGUACGUACAAAUGCAGCGAAAACUGGUCCGUGGAGAAAUGCUCUCUUGCAAGAUUUGCACUGAGUUGCUGGAUUCUUGUCACUACAGCCAUGCCAACUUUGAGAAGUUCUUGGCGGAAGAGAUUGCUGCAAAGAACAUUCCGCAGGCUGCCCCUGAGGAUGAACCUGACCUCGACAUGUUUGGCCCGUGGGAUGGGGUGCCUUAUGCGCAGGCAAGAGGCGAACACUAUGUGAUUCUGAAUCCGGGUGACUUUGGCAAAAAGCUUCCCAUCAGGUGCACCAUGUGCAGGUCAAAAAAGUUCCCUCAGGGAAGGGUGUUGGACCUCACAACGCGGAGGUUGAGCUCUGUGAAGCAUUUUUUGAUCCAGCAUGAAAAGUCAAACUUUCACGUCGAAGGACUCAAGAGGUUGCAACAUGAAGAGGAUGAUGUGGAACUGCCAUGCGAAGCAAUCCAAAUCAGUGACAGGCUGACGUCUGGGGCCCUGUUUGAUUACCAGAAGGAGUUCAACACGUGGUGCCUCUUUGCUUGUCUGGAAGCUCAGGCGAAGCACAAGUACUGGAAGGACAGCACUGGAAAGGGAUGGUUUAUCCGCUCCCGAAAUUGCCUGAAGCAGGUGAAAGACCCUUGCCCACACAAGCGGCCAGUCUGCAUGGAAUGCAAGAAGCUGGUGUCGCCACAUUCAGUGGUCAGAAAUGUGCAGCGGUUUGCUGCAAAGUAUCUGACUGCCAAGCUUCUCCACUCAAGACUCUUCACACCCCAGGAUGCACGUGAGGAAGUCUUGGAUGAGCUCAGAGAAUCACCCCUUUUCCGGAAAGACCAAAAGAAGCUGGAAACCUUUCUGAACAUGAAGAAUUCGGACCUGCAGCAGUUUGUGCGCUUAUCGUGGCGCGGCAACGGAGAGAGGAACGAGUCAGAGGCCUUCAAGGACUUUCAGAACAUGGUGGUGAAGCCUUCCUUGCGCUGCAACACAGCCAAUAUGCCUGAUGCGUUUGCAGACGUGGUGUCCCGGUUCGUUGCAUUCGCUGCCAGCGGCAACGCCGCAGAAAAAGAUGUUGCAAACAUCAAGAUAGCCACUGCUGCCAUCACAGGCAGCCUUGACGAGCAUCCGCUGCUGCAAGGUUUAGCCUUGCAAUGCAAAAGAAUGCUUGACAAACGAGCUCGCGGAAUUACCAGCAUGGUAGGCCGUAGGAGCGUGGAGACGGACUUGGAAGCCCAGCUCAUCGCUGACGCCGGCAUGCGGUUUUGCAUGGCGUCCGGGAACACCAAGCUCGGGAAAGAGUUGCCUGAUUUUAUUUGGGUUCAGGGCCAGGGUCUUACAAGAUGGAGUGUCUCUGAGAAAGGGCAGGGAAGACUUUGGCUUGCAUUUGACCACACCUAUUUGACACCCACAUUGGCACAGACCAGAUUGAAAAACACGGCUGCGCUGGUGGGAGGCUGCUGGGAGCCGGGCAAGGAAGAGACUUGCUUCCUGGAUUUGGCAUCUGACGUCAUCAAUGCCAAGUCCAUCCAACGGGCUAGCACCAUUCUUGAAUGUGCAGUAUGGGACCCAACAGCCACCAAAAAGGUCACGCUGUCUGCAGCAUGCAUGCCAAUGAGCCAUGACUUUGGAAGUCAACAAGGUGGUGCUUCAAAAUCAGGGUGGGUCAUGGCUGAGGCCUUGGGCCGCCUCCUGAGCAAUUCCCAGAACACUAUUCAAGGAGUUGUCUUUGACGCAGCUGGCUGUCACGGCAUCAUCCGGAAAGUCAUCCAUGGCCACCUUCUUGACGUCAAUGUGGAUACGCUGGCAUCGGUUCCCUUCUUCUCAGACCUGCGGCACCAAGACCUUCCCCGGCAUAGAUUACCACGACUGCCAAUCCGGCUCUGCUUUCAUGAAGGAGAACCUUUUUACGGCAUGGUUGGCCCGUGCCAUGCGUCGAAGAAUGCUUCUGGUCAGCUAUGCAGCAGUCUUCGCACGAUCUUUUAUGGAGUGUUUUGGUGCGAUACCACCGCGUGCGAAGCCGCACUUAGCGGCUUCCUCAGCUUGGACAUCUUCCGAUUGUGUUCUGAACAGCUGGCCGUGAAGUAUCGCCUGCCUACAGGAAGUACAUUCCUUGCAGGCCAAACGGUGUUCAACUUGCAGGGCACCGCCCUUGCAACGUUUCAACAGUGCUGUGAGCGAGCCUUCGCUGCUUCUCUCUUGCUGGUCUCCAGAUGCACAGGAGAGAAGCCUGACAAGUUGGAGGAAAUGUACCGCAAAUGCUGCGGGGACGAUGUCUUCAAGCUAUCCGCUGACAUGGAAGCAGAUGAAGUGAUGCCAGAGGAGGAGCUGGAACAGGAUCCAGGCAAAGAUCAGCAGGAACCACCUCCUCCACAACAAGCGUGUGAGAAGUUCCUCCUGGAUUUCGCAGGUCACAACGAUGCUACUCUGGUUUUCAAUCAGAAUCUUGAGGAGCCUCAACCACAGCCAGAGUCUGAGCUGGACGGCCUGCCAGACCAGGAGACGUUGGAAAGGUUGAUGGAGGAGAAGAACCCGGAAGAGCCAUUUGGACACGAAUGUGCCAGGUCGCCCAAGCUUUCCAAGAAAGGCAAUGCGCUCCCAAGCAGCCUUCGAGAGGCAAUGGCUAUGCCUGGGUGCAUGUUCAAUUCGCUGAUGAGAUUGUCAGUCAGGCUCCGAUCAGCAAAGGGUGGAUGUGAUGUGCAGUUUCUUCCGAACGCCAAGAACUGCAGAAGGGCAAGCCAGAAAUUGAACUGGUUCCAGUGGAACGAAAGGAAGAUUGCUGAACUCAACGCAGAGGUGGAGGAUGCUCCUUAUCGUGGGCGCGCUUCUCGCAUCGAUAAGUGGAAGGAGUUGGUGAAGCAGGCAACCAAGGAUCUGCAACUGGAAGUUGCAGCGCCCAACAAGUUGCAGCCAGGCAACGUGAUCCUCUUUCAACCUCCUGUCAAGGCUACAACGGGCUGUGGCAUAGACAUCGGGAUGAUCAUUUCCGUUUGGAAGGGGGUGAAGCAGCCCAAACUACAUGCUUCAGGAACACCGGUGGAAUCGGUCAGCGCCUUCCGGGUUCUGGUGUUGGGUAUGCAAGACCCUGAUCAAGUCCCAGCGCGAGAUUGGAAGUGCAACGAUCGGUCCAUGGCCUAUGUCUGCCGGCUAGAAUCUUUGGUGUCCAUAUUGGAUUGCGAAUCCAGUGCCCUUCCUUCGGACAAUUGUGGAGAUGUCAAGAUCAAGCUCACGGAGGCAAGCGCCGCAGCUUUGGAAAAGGUGGAAGGACUUGACACUUGGACUGUUCUGCCAACCAUGAUCCGUGGUGCCAAGGGUCAUGCUGCUGAGAUUGCUGCUUCUGAGCCGCCUCUCCGCAGACAUCCGAAGAUUCCAGCAAAGCCCGCAGCAAAGAAAGCGGCAGACAAACCAUCCAAACGUGCCCAGGCUGCUGGCCAGCCAAAUCAGGACAUUGCCAAUGAAGCCAGCGGAUACCGCAGAAACCAGAAGGGACGUGAGCUCAUCGAGAAACAAAUGAAGCAGUUGUGCAACUUGGAUGGCCGAACUUUCCCUGAAAACCCUGCAUUUGACAGCAAUGGAAAAUGCCGGAUGAAAUUAGAGGGUGCACAAGACUUCACCGUUGACCAGAUUUGUGAGGCUGCUCCUGAUUGUUUCAGCUGCAUGCGCCUGGGCCGCAAUAGGUUCCACAAUUUGAGGAACCCGGAUGUGUAUGGCGAUGCUGUUGCAGAUGUGUUUGACAAGACCCAAGCGCAGAUGCAGCGUGAACCACCAGUGCGGCAGGGAUUGCUGUUUUCUAUGAAGGUUGUGGAACGUCACAUCUUGUCGCAGGAGCACUGGAAGCACAUGAGGCUGCUGGCAAAGCCUAUCCAACGACAUAAUUUCUUGUGCAUGGUGCAUGAAGAGGCCAUGAUUGCGAGUCCGAAGGUGCUGUUGACAGACCUCUGUGCGGGAAGACAUGGAGUGCGGUCCAUCAAGUGGCAAAAAGCUGAUCCGUCGUGGAAGAACGGAGAGUCUGUGCCGCGACUUUCGCUCAAGCACAUCAUGGCACCUCGUCGCACUUGGGAUUUGAGCGAGGCCUUGCCCAAGAGGAAGGUGGCCUCGCCGAGGUAUCGCAAGUAUUGGGAUGGAUCGCGACCGCAAGUCUGGAUGGUUCAGCCAGCAGAUUUGAGCGCCAAGGGCAUCGGUAGAGGUGCCAGCGCCAGCUCUUGCCGCGGCUCGCAGAAGACGCCCCACUCACCCGCCGCGGAGUCCCGGAGGUCGAGGUCGAAGGAGGAGCUGCCAGAAAGUUGCGGACCGGAGCCUCCGUGGCCGGAGGGGCCCGAGGCAUCGGAGCAAUCUUGGCCCGAGGUGCGCUCCAAUCUUUGGAGCAUAUCCUCAGCAGCCAGUCGCAGAAAGGAUCACCCCUGCGAGUCUUCCUUGUCCGCCACGCCCCGCGGCAAAAACUCUGCGGCGGUCGGGUGCAGGGCUACUGGCAUUGCGCAGGAGACGGAGAAGUCCAAGGUGGUACCUCCCUGGGGCCCGGAACGUGCCAACCAGGAUCGACGCGAUGUGGUGGUCCAAAAGCGUUUGGAAUACCGACAGCUGUUGGACGAGCAGAAUGCCAAGAUGGCAGAUCAAUAUCGGCGACAGAGAGUCGAGCAAGCGGAAUUGGAGAAGAACUCCAUUCCAUCGCUCGCCACAAAGACCCAUGAGUGGGAGAAACACACCGAGGGCGAUUGGAAAGCCUUGAUGAAGGAACAAUUGGCCGCAGCCGCGUGUCGUCGGGGGAAGGAGUUGAAGCAACGAGAGGAAGAACAACGAAGUUGUCGGGAACAUCUGGACCAGGCGGCGAAAGAACGCGCCUUGCGCUACUAUAGCACUCGCCGUCGGCUGAAGGAGGAAGUCUGUGAACUGACAGAGGAAUGGAUGAAAGUCUCUGAGGAGAAGCGACGCUUGAAGGACCAGCAGCGAAGAAAGGACUUGGAUCUGGAACAGAAGGCGCCAACAAUGUUUUCCACAGUGCAAUAA